AUGCCCUCUGUUUUUGGUGACCCUGAAGCUAAACCCGCUCUUCGCGAACAAACCCUCAACCAUCCACUGGUCCCCACAGAACUUACACUUGCCGAUGGAACCCACGCUGUGGCUUUCCCUCUGACGUCCCAAGACUAUAUCCCAUUGUCUUUGUUAACCCAUCUUACAGAUGAGUUCAACGAGGAAAUUGAGCGAGGCCAGACCUACCCCUUGGAGUCUCCACUUACCCCAGAAGGAUUUAAGACUUACUGGAUGGGCGACUUUACCGCCAUUGUGCUCAAGGGUACUCUUGCUGAGUUUGAGAAAACUGCAGCCAGUCAGCACGCCGUCCCCGGUUCUAGUGCCUCUGUCACACCCUCGGACCCGUCUCAUCUUUAUGAAAACUACCACGAGGAAGAAAAUGCAAAGUCUACCCAUGCCAAGGCCACAGCAUUAAUCCCGCGCGACGCCGACUGGGGCACUAUUUUCCUCGGCACCUUCCAUGUUCUUCCAAACUAUCCUGGUCGUUCGUCUCAUGUGUGCAAUUGUGGCUUUCUUGUUUCUUCUUUAGCGCGUGGGUCUCCUCUCAAGGUUGGUUCCGCAAUGGGCAAACUUUACUUGGAAUGGGCUCCCAAGCUUGGAUACACUUACAGCGUGUACAAUUUGGUCUACGAAACGAAUGAGUACAGCGUGAGAAUCUGGGAAAAUCUUGGAUUUGAAAGAAUUGGGCGUGUUCCUGGAGCCGGAAUUCUCAAGGGCUAUGACAAGCCUGUCGAUGCCAUCAUUUUUGGCAAGCAGUUGGUAUAA